CGACGCGCCAACGUCGAUGAAGUGUUUACGGACCUCUGCAGGCAGAUUAUGCGCAAGGACCAACGGCUAGAAGAAGAUUACGCCCCGAAGCAUGUGAGAACGAAGGGACGGCCGAAACACGGACACAAACAGGGGAGCCGGAAGCAUCACACGCGCUGUACGAUUCUGUGACCCGACUUUGAUCUUGGAGUGGUUUUCUUUUCCCGGGUUUUGUUUUGAUGAAAAAGCAUGAUAUCCUGUAACCUCUAGGCCCCUUUCUCUCGGGCACGUUCGGAGCCCUGCAGGACAGGGCGUGGGUGGCCCUCUGCUUAUCGUUGGUCUAUCAUCUUCAUGUUUCUCUUCACUUUGGGAUGCUUUCUUCUUGUUCUUGUUCUUCUUCUUCUCUUGUUUUAUGAUUUUCCCCUACCCUUCUUCUUCACUGUCGUUUUCGGUUCCACUAGGGUCUUUGUUUUUCUUUUCCUGUCUCCGGCGGGCACCUUCGACAAUAGAGGCACACAGAGGCAAUCACUUGCCGACUUCACCGAAGCAAGAGAAUACGGACGAUUGAACCCACAUGAACCAAACUCUCGCUGUACUGAUUCCCAGAAAAUGGCUCCCGCUUCCAUCAUGGUACUCUCUCCCACUACAGUAUCGCCGACGUCGUUACCCGGCACGCUGAUCUUUCCUUUUUCCUCGACGGCAUACAUCGCUGGCUUCGCUUGGCGGCUGCUCACGUGCGGCCCAUCGCAUCCCAUCGUACAAGAUCCCUUCCCUUCGCAGCGCAUCGACUAUCGACUAUCGACUAUCGACGCCUCUCGCCUCAUUGUUGCAGCUACCGGAAGUAGUCGCCCUGCAGGUCCCUUUUCUCCUUUCCUUUUCUUCCGUUUGGAGCCAUGUGCAUGUGCAUGACGUGCCGCGCCACCCAGGCUCCGCGUCUCAGCCACCGUGGCAUGUCCCGCCUGUCUCCCUCUGCACUCUGCACACAGCACACAUCACUCUUUUUCGGCCUUGUGCUAUAGGGUUCGCUGCCGUCGACCGAGGUAGACGGGUGAGUAGAUACUGACAUAAUGAAUGCAGGGCACCUGCUCCUUGCUUUUCUACCAUGCGCCGUGCCCGACUU